AUGAACCACUGGUCAAACUGGACCAGCCCGCAGGAGUUUGUGAUCCUGGGCUUCUCCGGCUGGCCCCAGUGGCUCCGGGCGCUGCUCUUUGCCCUCCUCCUGCCACUGUAUGUGGCCACGCUGGCAGGGAACCUGCUGAUCGUGGGCCUGGCGGUGGCGGACCCUGCCCUGCACAUGCCCAUGUACUUCUUCCUGGGGGCCCUGUCCGCGGUGGAGGUGGCCUACACGCUGGUGCUGACCCCACGCAUGCUUGCUGGCUUCCUCCUGCCUCCUGGUGGCCAGGAGGUGGCCCCCUCCACCUGUGCGGCCCAGAUGGGCCUUUUUGUGGCACUGGGUGGCUCUGAGUGCCUGCUGCUGGCUGCCAUGGCCCUGGACCGCUACCUGGCCAUCUGCCGCCCUCUCUACUACCCUCAGCUCAUGACCACGAGGCUCUGCUGGUGCCUGCUCGCCUCUUGCUGUGCUGGGGGCUCCAUCCUGGCCUUAGGCCUCACCACUGCCAUAUUCCAGCUGCCCUUCUGCCGCGGGGGCGUGGUCAACCACGUCUUCUGCGACCUGCCGGCCGUGCUGGUGUUGGCCUGUGGGAACCGGGACCUGCAGGAGCACGUCCUGCUGGCGGCUUGCCUCCUGCUGCUCGUGCUGCCGCUGGCCCUGAUCCUGCUCUCCUACACCAGGGUGCUGCUAAUCAUUCUGGGCGUUGGUGGGGCCGCAGGCCGCCGCAAGGCCUUCCACACGGUGGCGUCACAUCUCACCGUAGCUGUGCUCCACUAUGGCUGUGCCACGGCCAUGUACGCCAGACCCCUGAGCAGCCGCUCCCUCGAGGAGGACAAGCUGGUGUCCCUCAUCUACAUCAACUUCACACCACUGCUCUACCCGGCCAUCUACACGCUGCGGAACCGGGACAUGCAGGGCGCGCUGCAGCGUGUGGUCAGCCACGGGACACCAGGGACCAUCCACCAGACUGAUGACAACUAG